CCAGAAAUCGCGGGAAAUGCGCUCCAGUAGCCUUCAAAAUCCAAAAAUUUUCUGGGGGAGCAUGCCCCCAGAACCCCUAGAUAGCUUCGCGGCAUGCCGCGAACCUCACCCCCAGCGCUUGCCUAUUAAAUUCGGUCACCGCACGCCACUGGACUUCAUGACAUUUGAACGAGAACGAUUUUUUCUUUGCAUGUUUGAUGCAUGCGAGACUUUGCAUACAGUGAUAUGUAGCUUAAAAAAUGGCGUAUUCUCUAUUUAAAGUAAGGGUUACAUAAAGAAGAGCGCCAUGACCGCUCCAACGUCUGCGGGAGAACGGCUCAUUGACUAUUUCGUUGUUUGCGGACUUGACAAUGUGUUCUGCUUGGAACCCGACCAGCUAUUAGGUGAUUCACAUCACGUUCCACCCCUUGAAAGGUCUUAUCGGGCAAAGACAUUAGCUCAUUAUCUCGAUCAUGUCCCCUGGAAUCCAUUUGAUGAACAUGCAGUUUGCAUGUUAUCACUACCGAACGGUCUUCAAUUCAAGCUCAACACAGAAACUCACAAUCCGUCAUUUCACUCCUUUCUUAUAACGCGCGAGGACGGCUCGAGGAUGAACGGUUUUUCUCUCACGUUUUACGAAAAAGUGAAAGACUACGAGAUAUGUCAAGCGAUGCAGGUUCUACAAGAUAUGUAUAUUGCCGAGUUGGCGCUAUCCUCUAACAAUUCCAGGUCACAUUCUGCCGUACAUUGCCAUAGCCAUGUAGAGGGGUUUCAUUCGUACGAGCGCAAGAAUUUCCCGUCACCAACACGCAAAGGCAUUAAGUUGUACGAUUCAGAAGAACACAAUCUUCUUGUUUCCAAGUCCCUGUGUCUGGUCAUGCCUUUUCCUUUUGUGAGCGCAGCAAAAUCGUGCCUGAAUAAGAUAUAUCAGGGGGGGUUGAGUGAAGGUACAUUCAGGUUAACAAUGGAAUGCUACAUCCACAAUCUGAUUUAUGAAGUGCCACUGCCUCCCCCGGGAAGGAAUCUAAAGUUUACCUGCAUUAGAGAUGACGUGUUGUGCCAAAGGCCGGGCGAGAAUGAAUGAUUACCCUUUGGAAGUUUGGAAGAUGUCUUCAAUUUAAUUGGUGUGAAAGAUUUUAUAAAACUUAUUUCGUGUGUGAUGUUGGAGCAUCAGAUAUUGAUUUUGGGAUCUGACUUUUAUACAUUUAUGUUGGUCGCUGAAACCAUUGUGUCUUUAAUUUUUCCAUACAAUUGGCAACAUGUGUAUGUGCCCAUACUUCCCGCCUCUCUUCUUCAUUUCCUCGAAGCUCCCGUACCUUUCAUCAUGGGUCUAUACUGCAAGGACACAGACGACAUAGAUGAUUUUCUUCCCUCAAAGUCUUCUCUUUGCUGUUUGGAUAUCAACAAUCGAGUUUUGACAGUUCCAGAAGAAUUACCAGACUUACCGUUCGCCGAAGAAUUGGCACGAGACCUUUCGGAAGUGCUUGUUAAAUUUAACAGCAAAAGAAUUAAAAGUGUUUCGAAAAUGGACUCCUCUACUUCACCUACAAAUAGAAAAAAGAAAUCUCUUGACGAACGUGUAACUGCUAGAAAAUUUGUCAAAAAACUCGAUGUGUGGAAAGCCGGAUCAAGUUAUUUAAGAGCAGCUAAAAGCGUUUCGAACUUAUCUAUUCAGGAAAAUCCUCGACUGGCAUCGUUGGAUAAAGUUGCUCGCAAAACCGGAAUCCAAACGAACUUGAAUAUGCAAAAAUAUAAAAGUUUGACCGACAUCAAUAAUAUGGACCCAAAGUUGAACGACAUGACGAAAGCUUUGGACUCAGGCAUGAUUCGACAGUACGAGUUCAAUGUGGAGGUGCGCGAAAUUCUUUUAAACUGCUUUAUACAGGUUUUUCUCGACUACGAAAGCUUCGUGUUUCAUCCGAAAGAUGACCAGGACGUGGAAGAAUGGAUUCAAAAUCGCGAAGAAAUGGAGAAUUUCGACAAGACUGCCUUCCAGUCCGAUCAACCAGCAACGUUUUUGUCUUUUCUUUCACCUUUCAUCGAAACACAAAUGUUUGCUUCAUUUAUCGACGCAAAACUGAUCAGUUUGUCGGAGCGUGAUUCUAGAUUCGAGUUAUUUGAUCAAACGAUAUCUUCCAUGAAGAAUAGAUUGGACAUAAACAGAUCACAUUCCUACGAGAAAUGCCAAAGUACAAAAAGCUCGGGUUGGUAUAUUUUAAGCAAGUACCUUCAAGAAAACGAAAAUGCCCGCAGUCCAAAGUCUCAACUCGGCGAUAUGAGUCUAAAUUCAUCUGAUGCACACAUCAACUUCAUUCAACGAUUAUUGACCGAGUGCAAAGCGAGGACGAAAAGAAUGCUGGUAAUGAAGAUGGGCCAGGAAGCGAGGGACCUGGGUCAUAAUGACGCGAAUGGAGUUGAAGAAAACAGUCUGAUUGCCGGUUUGUGUGACCUCCUGGACAGAAUCUGGGGUCAUGGGCCUUACGAUUUGAAGGCUAAAUCUCCAUUAUGGCUCCAUAUAAUGUCCUACUACAACAGUUGGGAUGGAGAUGAGAUGAUUAUGAAUGAAGGCAGUUCCAACUCACCCUGUAAAUUUCCUUCUGGUCGAUGGCUAUCAAAAAGCAAUGACGAUGGUAGUACGUAGAGGUUAUUGGUUGGCGAGCUUCAAAGAAUACACAACAAUAACCAUAAUGAGGAGAAUAAAAUUUCUGUGGUUCAAGAAAACCUUGCAAAUGCUGUCAAUAAGAUCGUGAAAUACUUUUGCACAGAGGAAUCGGAAGAGAGAGGAUAUUUAACGUAUUUAUUAUGUGGUGAAAAUGGACUUUGUGACUCAUUGGAGCAGAUAUGAACAUCAACAUUUACUAUCGAUGCUCAAAGAAAGAAGAUGUGUUCCCAACAAACAUAACAUUGUCGCGUAUUUAUGUUCUAUUUUCCUCAUUGUGGAGGUAACCUUGUUUGUCUCACGCAAAGACAGUGUAAUCGUGUAAUAUAUAUAUGGAAUUCAAAGGACUAUACUUGAAUAGAAUAAGACUUCACAUUAAUGUAGUCCAUUACACUCGAGGCUAAAAUAGAUUAAACUGAAAUUUUCAAAUAUAUUAAUCUUUCUUAUUUUACAAAUAAUCUAUAAAAAUCCAUACAUUUCAAUCCAA